UCCCCUUCCCCAACUCCCAAAAAAAAGAAAAAAAACCUCCUCAAGGCACCGAUGCGGGUUUAGCCCUGCCGUAGUUUGAUGGCCACCGUUUAUAAAUAAAGAGUGACUCGGAUUUCAGAGGAGUACAAGAAGGAAGCAGGUGAAUCUUAUUGUGAAACCCUUGUCCGUACAAGUCUCUCGAAACUUGAAAUCUCUGCCAAUUGAUUCUGUUUUCUGAUAAAGGGUAUCGAAGAUUGGGAAUAAAGGGGAGGAAAUCGGCGGAGCUGGUCCUGCAUGGACGAUCAGAGAACGUUAUAAGAGGAGAGGCCAAGCCAUCGGUGCGUUAUCAGAAGAGGAGCAGACGACAACAACAUGUCUGCCAUAGUGUGCGGCAAGAGAUCUUUCUUUGAAGAUAUUCCAAGUCCCCCUGUUUCCUCUAAGAGAAUCCGCUGUUCUUCCUCUACUUCCCCUAUUCGAUUUUCCCCACCAAGGCCUAGCGCUGCUACUUCACCAAUACCCAACAACAACUUCUCGUCUUUAUCAUCUUUAUCUGAUCAGAUUAGUUCUGCUUCAGUGGCAGCAUCGACGCACAAUCUCAAUCAUCUCAGAGCUAUUUUCCCUGAUAUGGAUGAUCAGCUUCUUGAGAGAGCACUUGAAGAUUGUGGCAAUGAUUUGGAUUAUGCCAUCAAGGGUUUGAAUGAGCUCUGUUUAGGAUCCACAGAUAGAGUGUUGGGUGCUGGUAUACAUAAAUCUGCUCCAAAUAUUGAUGCUCAAAUACCAUUACAAGCAAGUGUAGUGAUCGAUGAUGGGGAGGUUGCAUCUUCUGAGGAUGCAUUGGGUUUAAAUAACCUUCAAAUGGAUGGUUCAGAAUGGGUGGAACUAUUUGUCAGAGAAAUGACGACUGCCUCCAAUAUGGAGGAUGCCAGAGCCCGUGCUUCGAGAGUGCUUGAGGUUUUGGAGAAGAACAUUCAUGCCCGUGCUGGUGUUGAAGCAGCACAAAGUUUUCACAAGGAAAAUAUGAUGCUGAAGGAACAAAUGGAAAUACUGAUCAGGGAGAACACCAUUCUGAAGCGAGCUGUAGCCAUCCAGCAUGAGCGUCAGAAAGAAUACGAAGAUAGGACCCAGGAGUUGCAGCAUUUGAAGCAGUUGGUGUCUCAGUACCAGGAACAGUUGAGGACACUUGAGGUGAAUAACUAUGCCCUGACAAUGCAUUUGAGACAGACUCAGCAAAGCACCUCCAUCCCUGGCCGUUUUCAUCCUGAUGUCUUUUAGUAAUUGGAACAUUUAAUGAUGGAGAUAAGGGUGGCAGCUCCAGUUAAUUUCAUUUUAUUCAUCUCAUGUUCUGUUGUUGAUGUCCGUUUAUAUGAACAGAAUUUAAAAGUUUCCUGGUGCACUUGCCAAGCUGAGAUCAGUAACUUGUUUAGUUGCGAACCUCUUGAAGCUGGGGCAAGGUUCUUAGUCUAAAUACCUGUUAGAUUCAUGAACAUCAAUUGGAGUGCGUGUUCGAUACUUCUUUGGUUGUUUUACUCUAAGCUUGUGGAGGUAGGUGUUAAGACAUUCCCCAAGCCAAACUCUUUGUUUCUGUUAAAGUAGCAUGGGAAAGGGUUCUGUCACAAUAUUGCACUGGGGAAUACAUCUUUUGCUAUGUUCUAACCCUUUUUAAUGCGAUGUAAUUUGCACCUUCUUUUGGAA